GCUCGCUCAAUUCACGCACUCCACCAGAUUUUCGACCAAGGGUCUGGUUCUGGAAUAACCCACGGAGGACGACAAGCAAAUGGACCGAGCCAAUUCAUUCCAAUGCAGUAAAACGAAGCUAUGCAAACAUGAGUUACCAAGAAGCACAAGACGAAAGAUGCCCUGAGGCGUCAAUGCUUGAAUCAAUUGAUGAAGUGGGGUCGGGAAAUGAGUCCUUGUUGAACGAUGAUGAGAAUGUCGGCUCGGAGGACCGGUUUGCCUCGGGCACUGUGGCGAGUGCGUCGAGCGCAAGUCGAAGAAUGCUGGUAUCCAAUACCAGUGUCACAACAGAAGGAUCAGUCUAUGGAGGCUCCAGAUCAAGCCGUUGUCAGGAUCGUCCCGUCAUUGCGGACAGAACUACCAGAACCAGACAUGAACGGGAACAUCAUCGGCAACCGAGAGCCCCAACAACCCAACAGAGAACUCCAACAAGCCAAGGCUUUGAAAAACUGGAGGCAUACGUAUAUCCCAAUGACGAAAACGCGGUGCCAUUCGAAGCUCAAUCCGCUUCCAAAUUAAGCCUAGAGGAAGAUUUUUCCUUGCAUCUGUCGAGGACGACUGGGACUGGAUCUCAGCAGCUCGCUAUGUGGAUUAAGGAGGUCAAUUUGGCGGUUGGUAAGGUGCCCUCUAAAUUGACUGUUCAGACGGAUGUGAGGACGGUGGAGAAAACCGUGGCGGGAGUACCUCCACGAUCAAGAUCGGCUCUUUCGCCGGCAAAUAGGAACGAUAGAAGGGCAUUCUCCCCAGCUAACAACAGCAAGAGUGACUACCCGAGACAGCGAUUAUUUCAACAAAGGGAACCAUCAUUCUCACCGACAAAGAAGAGAGGGUCUGAUAUUUCCUCGGCAAAAGCGCAAUGGCACGAAAAAUGCCAGGCACACGAAAAACACAGGCCUCCACCAGUUCCUUCCCCAGCAAGAUCUGCGACGUCGACGACACGCGGUGCAACUGCCGCCAGGUCAAUCACACCUAUUCAUGCUCCUUCCCCAGGCAGAUCAUCAACUACCUCAGCAGAGUCCAACUUAUUGUUGGCAAGUAUUGAAGGCCAGUACAAGAACCUUCGAGAGGACCUGAUAAGAGAAUCGACUCUGGAAGAACCGCAGAGUCUCUCCGACUCUGACUCGAAAAUAGAAGAGCCCGAACCCAUUGAAGAAGAAGAAGAAAUUGACGAAGGAAGCAGAAGUGAAUCUGCCGUUGAAUCCUGUUGCCGAAAACCAAGGAAUCGUCGCAAUCACUCUCGUUCCAAGGGCGCAGCCAACGCAAAAUCCUCGAAACCAUUCCGCAGCUAUGAGCCCCCAAUCGAAUUCCCCCGAGAUCGUUUCUCGCUUGGAAUGCUCUCAACAAGAUCAUCAGGCAUUCUGUCUGCCAAUUCUUGGUCCUCAAACGCAUCAUCAAUCUCAGGCAUUUCAGUCACUUACCCUGGAGGCAAGAGCUGUGGACUCUUUUUGUGCGACUAAUUUAGAGGAUCCAGAAAUGCAGUUGUUGCACUCUGCAGAAGAAAGCGGAUGGCUUUGUGGUUGGGCAUGAAACCAGUACCAAAAUUUAUAAUGAUCGUCGGAUGAUGUGGGAGCGCAUGUUGGAGUCGGCAGCUUGAAAGUAUAUUGAUGGUUGUCCCGAUUGCAGAAAUCUAUCCAACGCUGUCCUACGGUAGGCAGAUAAGAUAAAUACAAGCCUUGCCUUGCCUUGCCAGGACAAGGAGAAAGCAAGAUAGAGGAAUUGCCAAACUUCACAGUCGCACGUACAAAAUGUUCCCAUCGAGAAGCACAGGAAUGCGCUGUCACCGCUAAAAAAUGCUAUUUGAAAAUUCGUCCUCACUGUCCUGCCCUGCUAUUUUAAAAUAAAAAAUAGCUAGCACAGAUAGAGUAUCGUGACUCGGUGAUACUAGCAAGGGGCAACUUUGGUUCAAACCCGAGACGAAGCUUGGUGUUGCUUUACGGUACGUUGCCGCUUCAACAGGAGAGCGUCCGCAGCCAGUACAUGUUCUUGGGGGAUUCUGAAAGCUCCAAGUAGUCGAGCGAACCGCAGCGCAGUAAGAAACAAAUUUAAUUUGGGACCUAUUUUC